AUGGAUAAAAAGCCAGGCGCUGCGCCAUCCCCUUACAGCGUCAUCAGCAAGGUGACCCAAUUUGAGAACCUUGAUCAAGCAUCUUGGUGGCACGAUGUUGCCCCGAUGACCGAGAGAGUCCUCCAACACUCGGGUUACAGCAAUGAAUCGCAAUAUCAAUACCUGCUACUUUUAUCUCAAGUCCUCGUUCCAUCUCUUGGGCCGUAUACCCCUCCCCAAAGGACCUGGCGAAGUACUAUCACGCGUAGCGGUGUCCCUGUCGAGUUGAGCGUCAACUAUAGGAAACAGGGCCAGUCAGCCGUUCGAAUCAGCGUGGAGCCAUGCACCCACCUAUCCGGUUUGCCUAUUGAUCCAUUCAAUCAAGUUCCAACGAAGGAGCUGAUGGCAAAGAUCGCUAACUAUGACUUUUGCAACUUCGACACCGAGCUAUGGGACUAUUUCUCGAGUUGCUUAACAGUCAGCAAAAACGAGCAGCGUCAUAUUGCUGAGAACAACAUUGAUGUCAGUGUAUUCAAGACUCAAAUGGCACCGGGCUUUGAUUUGUCGGAUGACGGCCAAAUAUCAGUGAAGGGGUACGUCUAUCCACGUGCUAAAGCGACCGCGAACGGCGUCCCUAUCGAGACCUUGGUUUUUGAGAGCCUGCAGUACUUUGAGAAGAAAAAUGAUUGUUCGGCGGCGCUUGGGCUGUUGAAGGAAUACAUCCUGGCCAACAACCUUGGGUCUAACAUUGGGUUCCUCGCUUGGGAUUGCGUUGCACCAUCCAAAUCCCGGCUCAAGAUGUACCUCGGCAGCGCAGAUGUGACGAUGGGUAUGAUUAAGGAUCUAUACACGCUAGGUGGCCGUGUAAAUGAUCCAGUUACCCUCGAAGGUUUUGAGCUGCUCUCUAAGCUAUGGAAAGCAACGGGGAUUGCGGAAGGAGUGCGGGAACUGGUACCAUAUUUUGAUGACCCAAUGCAGGUUCCCUCCAAGGGCCAGAAAGCUCCCGUCCUUAUAAACUAUGAGAUCACGCCCGGUAGCCCCCAUCCAGUCUCAAAAGUCUACCUCCCAACCCACGGCGAAAACGAUCUCCAGAUUGCUAAGGGCCUUUGUGACUUUUUUGCUCAAAUUGGAUGGACAGAGCUUGCCGAGACUUAUGUUGAUAAGUUGCAAGCCCUAUACCCCAACCUGGAUCUUAGCCGAACCUCAUGCGUAAUUUCUUGGCUUUCCUUUGCCUUCACCGAGAAAAACGGUGUAUACAUCACUGUGUAUUAUCACAGUUCGUCUGAAUACAUGUGGAAGCUGGAGGAUGAGCAGAAAUGA